CCGCCCCGGUCCGGCCCGGCCUCACGUGACGCCGGCGGUGCAAUUUUAGGCCGUCAGGUGACGGCAGAAAAGCUCCGGAGAGGCUGUGCCGCCGCGCUACAAAAACGGGAGAGGCGGAGGGGCUCCGGUGUUCGCGGCCUUCAUAGGAGGCACCCACCCCCCCCCCCCCUUCCCGACCCAUCUCCCCUCGGCCCCGCAGCAGCCACCGCCGCCAUCGCCAUGAGUCCCCGCGGCCUCCUCCUCCUCUGCCUCCUCCUGCUGCUGGGGCCCUGCGCUGCCAUCAUCAGGAUCCCCCUGACCAAGUUCCCCUCUAUGAGGAGGGUCCUGAGCGAGGUGGGCAGUGAGAUCCCCGACAUGAAUGCCCUCACCCAGCUCCUCAAGUUCAAGUUUGGCUUCUCUGAGGUGGCCGAGCCCACUCCAGAGCUCCUGAAGAACUACAUGGAUGCCCAGUAUUAUGGUGAGAUUGGUAUUGGGACACCCCCACAGAAGUUCACUGUGGUCUUUGACACUGGCUCCUCCAACCUCUGGGUGCCAUCUGUGCACUGUCAUCUCCUGGACAUUGCCUGCUUGCUGCACCACAAAUAUGAUGCUUCCAAAUCCAGCACCUACGUGGAGAAUGGCACUGAGUUUGCCAUCCACUAUGGCACAGGGAGCCUCUCUGGGUACCUCAGCCAGGACACUGUCACGCUUGGGAACUUGAAAAUCAAGAACCAGAUCUUUGGGGAGGCUGUGAAGCAGCCAGGCAUCACCUUCAUUGCUGCCAAGUUCGAUGGCAUCCUGGGCAUGGCAUUCCCAAGGAUCUCUGUGGACAAGGUCACCCCUUUCUUCGAUAACAUCAUGCAGCAGAAGCUGAUAGAGAAAAACAUCUUCUCCUUCUACCUGAACAGAGACCCCACUGCUCAGCCUGGUGGAGAGCUGCUCCUGGGAGGGACAGACCCCAAGUAUUACAGUGGGGAAUUCAGCUGGGUCAAUGUCACACGCAAGGCUUACUGGCAGGUCCACAUGGACGCGGUGGAUGUUGCCAAUGGGCUGACACUCUGCAAAGGGGGCUGUGAGGCCAUCGUGGACACCGGGACCUCACUCAUCACGGGUCCCACCAAGGAAGUGAAGGAGCUGCAGACAGCCAUUGGUGCAAAACCCCUCAUCAAAGGCCAGUAUGUGAUCCCCUGUGAUAAGGUGUCUUCUCUGCCUGUCAUCACCCUCACACUAGGAGGGAAGCCCUACCAGCUCACUGGAGAGCAGUAUGUCUUCAAGGUUACUGUCCAAGGAGAGACCAUCUGCCUGAGUGGCUUUUCAGGCCUGGACAUCCCACCCCCUGGGGGCCCACUCUGGAUCCUGGGAGAUGUUUUCAUUGGCCCCUACUACACUGUCUUUGACAGGGAUAAUGACUCUGUUGGCUUUGCCAAAUGUGUUUAAGAGCCUGGCCCCCACUGCCUCUGCCACACACACACACACACACACACACACACACACAUACACACUUCCACACUUCCACAGGAGCUGUAGAGAAAGAUUUCCAGGAUUAGAAACCCAGUGAGUGGAAAUAGGAAAGAGAGAAAAACAAAAAAACAAAAAAAAAAAGAUAAGAGGGGAAAAAAAAAUGGAACUAGGUUUAAAAUUCCAUGGGAAAUAGUCAUUAGUGCCCUGCUAGCUAAUUUUCCUCUUCCUUUCAGUAAGUGGUGCUGGGAGGUCUCUAGGUGACAACUCUAGCUGGAGUAACCCCUUGCUUUACUGCUAGGUCUUUGUUUUUAAGAAUGAUUCUCAGAACUGAAGAAGACCCUCUCAGAUGUCACAGCCCUGGUGUCCUCCCUGAGGAGGCAGCUGGCUGGAGCCAGUCCCCAGCAGCUCUGCUCCUGCAGAGAGGCUGUGGGGCUGCUCUUGGGUUUGGGCUUCUGCACUAGGGAAGAGGGCCAGGGAAGGCUGCCCAGCAUCUUCCUGACUCCCUGCUUUUUCUCUGAGGAAGUGGGGGAGCAGAACAGAAGGGGGGAGUCUGUCUCCUUCACCCUUCCAUGAUGAGUUGAGGCAGCAACCUCUAGGCCAUUGCUCAACAGGUUUGUGCUGAUCCUAGGAGAACACAUCCCAGGUGGAUUGCAGUAGUGAGCCCAGAGGUUGAGUUUCAGAGCCUGAGGGCUUUGAGUGCUGUGUGCUUGGGCUGUGGUGGCACCAGUGGGAGAGUGUGGGGCAUGAUUUCCACAUGCCUGGCCUAACAAGGCAGGGAUUUGUAGGGGAGCUCCAGCCAGGGGUACUUUUCAGGGAGUAAGAAUGUAAAGGGGGUCAAGAUAAGAUUUAAUAGAGGCCACUUCAGUUCAUGGCCUGAAGGCUUUCUGCUCAGCAAAGCCACUUGAUGCAGAUUCUCUCAAGUUCAGGGAACUUCUCCUGGGUUCCACAAACCACAGAUCUUCUCAGCUUCAUCUGCAGCCAGUGACUUGAGAGUAAUGUUUCCAAAAGCAACUGAUUUACAGUCUGAAAUCAUGCUGAUCAAACCCAUAGGUGUUUGUCAGCCGUGUGAAACCUUUUGGAAACAUUAUUCACAGCACUUUUGAACUGCCCAAAACUCAAGAGACAGUUGGCAGAGCCAGCAAGCCUCCCAGGCUGGAGGAUGCCAUGGCAGCUGCUGGACUUGCAUUCACUUCCCUGCUGCCCUGUCCCAAAAUCCAACUGCCUUUAACACCCUCCUUACCUGCUUUCCACCUUACUAACUCUGCUGAGAGCUCUGUUCAUGUUCACUCCAUGUUGCAGGCAGAGUGAGGCACAGUCAUGCUUUGGAGAUGGGGUAGCUGUGCUCACAGCUCCUCCUGGAGAGCCAAGAUCUGCACACAGGGAGCCUCUUGCACUGGGCUGGCGUCAGUAGGCAAACACUGGUGGAGCUGGGAGUACCAUAAAGUGAGUUUUAAGCAGCACUGGAAAGCAGAAGGGGGUCUGCCAAGACUCCUUGUUUUCCCAGCAUGCUGGAUCAGGUCCUGAAGUUAGGGAGCAGCAGCAGCAGGUGAGGGGCAAAGCUGAGGGAGGGCCAGAAGACCAGCCCACCACAAAGCAGAGGGUAAAAUCCUGGCUCACCAAAAGUCACUGGUGAUCCUGCCAGCAGUACUAGCACAGGAAACUCCUCAAAAAUGUCUUUGAGCAGUGGGUGAGUAGCUGGUUAUGCAGAGUCUAAUGCAUAUGCAUCAUCCUCAGAUUUGAAUUCACCACAAGCAUCAGGGGAAUGCGUGGGGAGGAGGUCCCAGGGUGAGCUGGGGGAGGAUGGUGAGCACACAGCCUGUGUCUCCUGUCCCCACUUUCUGCAGCUGAUGAGUUUGGCUUCAGAACCAUACCUCACACCUUGGAGAGGCUUGGCAUGGGCAGUGGGGAAUAGUCUUAGGCACAUUUCUGAUGCCUGUGUUGUCCCUGCACCCCUGGAUGCCACAAAUGCUGCUCCCAAAGCUUGUAGGCUUCACCUGCAACCCUGCAUCUGGACACCUGAGGACAUCUGUUGCAACCUGCAAAAGAACAGUAGCAUGUUACCAAAACAAACACCAAACCACAUCAAUAGCUACUCCAAAAUCAGCAGAUACUCCAGCACCUCUCCCGAGAGCCCUGGUUUCACCCUCGGAGCUCCUCCAAGUCCUGCUGCAGGAUUUCUGCAGCCCAGAGAUGGAGACAGCCUCUUGGGUACCCUGUGACCAGGUCUGAUGGGAAGGGGAAGCUUGGCAUGGAGCUGGCUGAACAUCUUUGGCAUCAGAUUGAAGUGGGAUGUUGAGCACAGCCCAGAAACAAGGCACUGGGUCCUGGUUCUGGUCAUGUAAUGCCUUAUGCUGUCAUAGCCUUCAUGGGAAGGCAAGGCUGGGCUGAUGGAUGUCUGGCUUCAGGCAGGAGACUGCACAGCCCAAAAUGAUGCCCUGAGUGAUACCUUAGGAUAAGCUGGAGGAGCAGUUCAUUGUAGUCUAUCCUGAAUGGGUCUCCUCCCCUUUUAUUUGCA